UUCUCUGAUUCAGGAAAAUACUAGAUGAUUGUGACAUCAGCAAUGCUUAUUAUGUAUCAUCAAUAGUAGGCUUGUACACUGUGUAUCCAUUAUAAAGAUAAAAGAAGUGGAAAUUAUUAAAACAUGAGCUCAAGAAAAGUGUUAGCAAUACAAGCACGCAAGAAGAGGUCAAAACCAAAACGAACGGACAAGAUGAAGAAGAAGGAACCAACAUUAUCCAACCAUGCACACAGCAUCCCAUGUGAUGAUUCACGUGGAACAUCCGACGAGGAGGAUCAGAUUGAAGAUGAAGAGUUGCGAGGAUCGGACGAUGAUGAACAAGAAGAUCCAUCAGACUAUUGUAAAGGUGGAUAUCACCCGGUUAAAAUCGGAGACCUUUUCAACAAUCGCUAUCAUGUUGUACGGAAACUUGGAUGGGGCCAUUUCUCUACAGUGUGGUUGUGUUGGGACAUGAGAAACAAAAGGUUUGUGGCGAUGAAAGUUGUCAAAAGCGCUCCCCACUACACGGAGACUGCACUUGAUGAAAUCAAACUUUUAAAAUCGGUACGAGACUCUGACCCCAAAGAUGGGAAUCGAGAGAAAUGCGUUCAACUACUCGAUGAUUUUAAAAUCCAUGGAAUGAACGGAACGCACGUGUGUAUGGUAUUUGAGGUACUAGGACACCAUCUACUUAAAUGGAUUAUAAAAUCAAACUACCAAGGAAUGCCAAUACCUUGUGUGAAAAGUAUCAUCAAACAGGUCUUACAAGGGCUGGACUAUCUACACAGCAAAUGUAACAUCAUACACACAGAUAUAAAACCUGAGAAUAUUUUACUCUGUGUGGAUGAACCUUAUGUUAGAAGAAUCGCAGCAGACGCUCAACAAUGGCAACAACUUGGGGGAAAACCUCCUUCUGGCUCCCUAGUGAGCACUGCACCUCAGAGCAGACAAACUCAGGGCCAGAAAAUUUCAAAAAACAAAAAGAAAAAAAUGAAGAAAAAGGCGAAGAAACAACAACAGUUGCUGAAAAUGCAAAUCGAACAAAUAGAAGAAACAGAAAGAGAAGGGAAACCUCUCAUGGAUACGUUACUCUCCGAUGCUCCUCCUGCCUCCGCUGCAUCCGGAGAUCAUGAAGCUCCCAUUGUUCCUAAUGGUGAUGUCAUAAUAGAGGAGACAGUAUUAGAGGAGGAGGUGACGGAAGAUGUGAAGAGCGAUCCGGAAGUUGGGAGCGGGGAUGCAAAGUCCGAUGAUGUGAAGAUGGAAAGUCCGGAAAAUGUAGCGAUCCCGGCAACAAAUGGGAUGAAGGAGGAAGAAGAGGAGGAGGUGGUGGAGAAGGAUCAACGAGACAGCAGUGAUGAUAAUAAGAGGAAAGUUGAUGAACCAGAAAAAGAGGAAAAAGAAGAAAAACUAGAAGAACAGAUGGAAAGAUUAACAGUAGAUGACACAACCACGGAGGUUGCCACACCUCAGAAUGGAGAGGUUUUGCAAAAUGGAGUGGACAGUUCAAUAAAUGAAGACAAGCUUCGACCUGGAAGACCCGGAAAUGAAAACUUUGAUCGUAAUAACAGAGCUGUUUCAUCGGACAGUAGCCACACAUCCAUGAGCAAGGGAAGUGACUGGAGGACUUCGUGCUCCGCCAACGAUCUUCUCGUCAACAUUCUCGAAUCUGAGAAUCACGACAAAAUCAAAGUAAAGAUAGCAGACCUCGGAAAUGCUUGUUGGGUUAACAAACACUUUACUGAGGACAUACAAACAAGGCAAUAUCGAAGCAUUGAGGUUUUGCUUGGUGCAGGUUAUGGACCACCAGCUGAUAUAUGGAGCACAGCAUGUAUGACAUUUGAACUGGUAACUGGUGAUUAUUUAUUUGAACCACAUUCGGGGGAAGACUAUUCAAGAGAUGAAGAUCACCUGGCUUUGAUCAUAGAGUUACUCGGUUAUAUACCACGCUGUAUGUCGCUUACUGGAGAAUAUUCCUCCCUAUAUUUUACCCAACAAGGUGACCUACGCCAUAUACACAAGCUAAAGAUGUGGCCACUGCGUGAUGUCCUGAAAGAGAAAUAUGAAUGGUCGGAUGAUGAUGCAGAGCAAUUUGCUUCUUUCCUUUUACCAAUGUUGGAAGUAAUCCCUGAUAGACGGGCGAGCGCAUCUGACUGUUUAAAACACCCAUGGUUGUGCACGUAGUGACAAAGUAGAUGCCAUCGCACACAUUGUGUAAGAUACCACGCCAAAGGUUGAGUUACAAAUGAAAAUACUAAUGUAGCAAUUCGUAUUCGAAGCUUCCAUAUUUCGUCCAUCGCAAAACUUAAUGCAAGUAGUGGACAAUUACAUAUAAAGUCGAUAGUCUGCAGUUCUACUGUGUGAAAUAUCAAUAUCAAACUUCUAAACCCACUUUACCUUUUCAAGACGCAUCCAAACUUAGUAGUCCAUAGUUCUACUGUAACGAAAUGUGGUAUUUUCAUUUACAAGCUUUUUAAAAACCUUUUUUGUAAGAUGCAUUAUAACUUUACCAUGUAGUAAUGCUGUGGGAAUUGUUAUAAUUUCAACAUGACAACUUUCAAGCCACAUUAGCACCUGACAUCUAUUACGCCAAUUAUUUUCUAUAGCAAGUGUUCAUUUUGUACUAAUACUUUCUUUUGCGAUAAAAGCGGAACAAAAAGUGAAACUUUCACGGUUUGUAAAUAACAUCUCUUUUAAGUGGUGCUGUUUUGUAGAGUAGUGGUUCACGGUACACGCCUGCUUUUUACCAAGCAUAUAAAUGACGUGUUGGAAGUUGGUCAAGGAAUUAUUGCGAGCUACUAAGCUAACUCCUUGUAUCUACAGUGUGCGUAGGCAAUUGCUUUUUUUCUAGCUUUGUCUUCGUUUAGUAAAGCUGCUAUGUUUGUGUUUUGCUGUUGCAUGUCUGAAUAAAUGAGUUUCACUUAAAAAG